AAUAAUCUUAGCUUUCUACCCUUACAACUCUUUCUCGUUCCUUCCUGGUCUAUCAUCUGUAUUCGUGUGUACAUUUUUUUGAGUUCAAAACUAGACUCAGGGUGGUGAAGGGCCUGAACCUUGGAUUUGAAUGCGCCAUAGUUUGAGUUCCACGUAAUUAAUUGCCAAGACAAGAUGAGUGUUAUGUAUAGUCCUGUUCUCAAGUACUCAGAUGUGGAGCUAAGAAGAAAUCAAGAAAUGGAUUCAAGUAUUGGACAUCCACAACAGCACUGUCACCAACCCAAUUCUGGACUAUUUAGGUACCGUUCUGCUCCAAGCUCAUUGCUGGCAAGCCUUAUUGACAACAACAUUAAUGGCUGUCCUAAUGAGGAAUCUUUUACAAGUGAGGACCAUCACCAUUAUCUUCCAUCAACAACUUCAGAAAUGGAGACCAUGUUGUCCAAAUUGGUAUCAUCCAACAAUGGAUGGAGUAGUUCUGAGUCAUUGCAAGAGUUUGGAGGCAAGCCUGUGAAGCAGGAAAUGGGGGCAUCUGUUCCACAAGGACCAAAACAACAACAACAGAAUGGUUAUUCUUAUGGGGGGUCUCAGUUAAUUUACCAGUCGCAGCAAAUUCAAGGCUUGCCAAAUGUUUCUUCCAGCGCUGCUGGCAAUGCUUUUGAUGGCUCUUUUGGUGUGGUGAACACCAUGACUUCAGAAAACUCCACUCAAUCUAAAAUGGGUGUCAGGAAUUGCUCCAAUCUCCUUAGGCAAAAGAGCUCCCCUGCCGGAUUUUUCUCCAUUGAAAAUGAUCUUGCAGCAUUGAGAGAGGUAGGAAGCUUUAAAGCCAGUGAUGUUACAAAUAGACAGGCUAAUGCAUCAACUAGUGGGUUGCAUGGUACUCUUAUUUUCUCAUCUAGGCCAUCCUCGUGCAUGAAAAGGAUGCCACAAAUAGCUGAAAAUGGAAAUGAAAGCCUAGAAGAAAAUUGUGUCCAAAGUAGAAACCUGGUAAAUGACAGUGGCAACUCCAGAUGUUACAUACCUAACUUCAGUGAAAUCUGGGACACUUCUGCAUUCACUGCCCAAAAAUCAGAAAGUGAAGAUGAAAUCAUGUUUUCCACUUCAAAUGGCUUGGAAUCUCAGGAAGCUGAUAUUUGCUAUCAAAAUCUGGGUUUGACUCACCAUUUGAGUCUUCCUAGUUCUUCUACUAAGAUGACAUCCAUAGAGAAGAUUCUUCAAAUUCAAGGAUCUGUUCCUUGUAAAAUUCGAGCCAAAAGAGGCUUUGCCACUCACCCAAGAAGCAUUGCAGAGAGGGUAAGAAGAACAAGAAUUAGUGAAAGAAUCAAGAAAUUGCAAGGCCUUUUCCCAAAAUCCGAUAAGCAAACAAGCACAGCAGAUAUGUUAGAUUUGGCAGUUGAGUACAUUAAGGAUCUGCAGCAACAAGUUAAGAUACUCACAGAUUGCAAGGCAAAGUGCAAAUGUACAAGUUAUGAGAAGAAGCAAUGCACUAAAGCUUGUGCCUGAUUUAUUAACUUGUAGAUAGCCAAAGAAAGGAGGAUUAAUUUAAUCCCCUUUAAUGAGUGUGCCAAAGUUAGCAAUUGUAAUUAUAUAAAAAUAAUGCUGAUUUUUUGCCUAGUGUGAGUUUAGGUCCAGGUGAAUCUUUUUUCCACUUUUGUUCUUCAUUUUUCCCCUUAUUUUCUUUUCCUUUUUAGUUUGAUUUAAGGAUUCUAAAGUCCUAGCUUGUGUAGCAGGAAUCUUGUAGCUUUUCAUUUUUAGUAAUAAGAAGUCUGUGACGCAAACUGUGAUACAAUGUUAAUAUCUUACAGAAACUGUGACAAAAUGUUUAAUACUGAAUUUUAUAUGGAGAUGCUAUUGAAGCUAGU